GAGAGAGAUUGAUGGAUAGAGCGGCAGAGUGUACAUAACACCAAUUCUCCUCCACCUCAUCUCCUAAUUCUCUUCAUCGUUCUUCCCUCCGUCGUCCCUCUUCCCUCGCUCCCGGACCCCUCCCUUCCCCUUCAGCCCCUCUGUGCAUCCAUUUUCCUGCACACCUCACUCUCCAUGCCGGCAGAGAGAAUAUUCUGAGUGGACCUCUUCUCUGUGGGAUUGGUGCAGUGAAGAUCCUGGGAAAUCUGGACGGCACCGGCGCACCGUUGGGAUCGUUGGGAAUUGCGAGAUGGCAGGGAUAGGGUCAGACAGUCUGGCACGAGGAGCCACGGCAGCCGCCUGUCCGUCUCACCCGGGCUUCAUUCUUGUCCCAAGAAUCCCACACUUGGAGUUUUGCGUGGCAUGUAGAGAGCUGACCCCAGAGUUCAAGGACAGGAAGCCCAAUGCGCUGGUUCAGGUGGCUGUGCUGGAUGCUCAUGAGCAUGGUAUCAUCGCCUACGCCCGCACAGAGGUGGUGGAGGGAACAAGAGAUCCUCUUUUUCUGACGGGGGUGAGUCUGUCACCGGAUUGGCCCAUCUACGAGGACAGCCUCAUCAAGCUCAGCGUCUAUGAUGUGAAGGACAAGCACCACCAGACAAGCAGUUUCCUGGGCAGUGCUAGCUUCUCCGUAGCUGACCUGCUAAAGUCUAAAGACCAGCAGCUUUCUCUCAACUUGAGGACGGCAGAUGAUUCGACGGCUGCGGGGACGGUAGUGGUGUCUCGGUUGAAGAUGGGUGAGAUCGAGGAUGGGGAUGUGGACCACAUCGCCACUGACACACACCAGAAGUGCACUCUGGUGUGUGAGCCUCAUGGGACCAUGAACGACAAAGAUAACGGGCCACUGAUGAAUGCAGUUUUUAAGAACCCGGUGUAUAAGGUAUACAAGUUUCAGACCACAGACAACAAGUGGAUGCUGGUGAGGGAGCAGAUGGCCGAGUGCAUUUUAUCCUUCAGCAUCCCAGUUCAGCUCCUUAGACUCUACAUCCAGGAGGACAGACACAGGAUCCAGGAGCUGCAUGAUCUUGGUGAGCUGUCUCCACACUGGGACAACCUGAGGAGAGAUGUGAUUGCUCGCUACAGCCACAUCAUUAAAACCUACCAGGAGACCCUCACUGAACUCGAGAAGCUCACCGGUCCACCGUUCAAGCCCAGCUGCAGUAAAGCGCAGAAAUAUCUGGAGUUUAUUCCCAUCAAUCUGCACACCCAGCGCAUGAGGGUCAUGUGUCCUCGGAAAACAGACUCCUUCUACGACGUGAUCACGGUCGGAGCUCCUGCCGCUCACUCCCAGGGCUUCAAGAACGGAGGCCUUCAGAAACUAAUCAGCAGAUAUGAGGCCGACAAGAAGAGCUACAGUACGGCAUAUCAGUGCAUCUACUACUCUCCAGAGCACACUGCCAAAGCCAGAGAGAUCCUCAGCACUGUGGCCCAGCUGCGGCCCCUGAUCUGCGGCCUGGUGGAGCGACUGCUGCUGGAGGCUCAGCAGCACUGCAGCCACGGCCUGCGGGAGGCGCUCAAGAGCCUGGAGGAAAAGACGGAGCAGUUAGUACACACUCUGAAGGACGAGCUGGUGAAGAACGCCCUCCUGGCUCUACACGCUGCACGACCUGCUUACAUGAACAAAACCCAAGUGUAUAGUCAACCUGAGCCACACAUAAAUGCAAGCGUGACCCAGACUCCAACCCUGAACCAAAACCAGAGCUGUGAGCCGAGCGCCAUUACCUGCAACAAUGUGUCCGGCUCCCAGACGCCCCCUAAAACUGAAGCUUGCCUUCCCCUCAAGCACCAAGACCUCCCUCACUACAAGGAGUACGACGAAGAAGAAUGGGACAGGGUGUGGGCAAGCGUGGCUAAAAGUCUGAACUCCAUCAUCGCCAUGGUGGAUAAAAUACAGGAGCAGGACAACAACAACCAGGAGUCUGCUCCUGACCAGGCGCUCGCAGACGUAAUCACUUCCCACAGUCCUGUUGCAGACUGGUGUGAGCAGCUCAGUCCCUUGGCUCUGGCUCUGCAGCACUGUGUAAGUGAGGUGACGGACAGGGCCAGUAAGUGUAUGAGUUUUAUUCUCCUGCAGGAGGCGGCGUGUAGCGCCCCCCAUGCCCUGCAGCUUCAGCAGAGACGAGACACUGUAUUCAGCCAAGCGCUGGCUGCUUUAGCAUGUGGUUUCGUUAUGCGACUGUAUGCUGGGUUGGACGAUAAGAGCUUCCUCAGACAGCUGCACUCAGUGGGACUGGUGGCCCAGUUCGAGAGUCUGCUCAGCACCUACAGUGAGGAGAUCGGGAUGCUGGAGGACAUGGAGGUGGGAAUUUCAGACCUUCACAGGGUUAACUUUAAAAUCACAGAAGCAGCCUCGGAGGAUCCCAGCAACCUGCAGCCUACUGUCAAGGGCAGACGAGACCAUUACACUGUAGAGGUGCCGCUUCCACUCCAAGCCUUCCAGGCUCUACCAGAUGAGGUGCGUCAGGGCAAGCUGCUACAGGUCUUCCCUGUUCUCUUCAACGUGGGCAUCAAUGAGCAGCAGACCAUCGCUGAGAGAUUCGGCGAUAUCUCAUUACAAGAGCGGAUAAACCAGAGAAAUUUCGACAUUUUAGAGGCGUAUUAUAAGUCACUGAGUGACAAGAUUCCUUUAGAAUGUCUGCCCUCUUUUCAGAUGCAGCCCGAUGUCAAGGACCUUCUGGAAACACUAGGUCAGAACGUAGUAACCAAGAAGAGAAAGAAUGUGGAAAUUCUCUGGCUGGCAGGAGCGAUCUGCCGGAGACUGAACGGCAUCCGCUUCACCAGCUGUAAAAGUGCCAAAGACAGAACGUCUAUGUCGGUGACGCUGGAGCAGUGUACGCUGCUGCGGGACGAGCACCAGCUCCACAAGGACUACUUUGUGCGGGCGCUGGAAUGCAUGCGGAGAGAAGGCUGUCGGAUUGAAAACGUGCAGAAGAACAUAAAAUGCAGAAAGUACGCUUUCAACAUGCUGCAGCUGAUGGCCUUUCCCAAGUACUACCGCCCACCGGAGGGGACGUACGGCAAAGUGGACUCAUGAGAGAAGACGCAGCACAAGUGGCCUGUUCUGUUGUUACAGUUUAUUAUGUUUGUCUGUCGUCUCGGAAGUUAUUUUUGUACCCACAGAGAUGGACUAGAUGUAGAAAAACUUGUAAAUAUAUAUAAUUUCUACACUGUUUUCUGCAUAGAUUGCAGCACUGUAGUUGUGUUGAGUGUUAAUCUGUUAAAAUAAAGAUUUUCUACAUAGAUCCAAUUCUUUUUUAUGUGUUCUAGACCUUGAAACUCAAUGUCAACUGGUUCUGGGAGUGGCAUUGAGUUUUGAGGUGUUUUUCCCAUAAGGAUGUUUGCAAAACCUGUUAAUGUGUUCCAUGGUCCUGUGGAACUGCAUAUAUUUUAGGCUUAUGUAAAAUAAUGGGGUUAUUUUUGACACUUAUGUAUUGAAAAUAACACAAAUAUAAUAUAAAAACACUUGAAUACAAUUGAAAAACAGUUAAAAAUCAAUAAAAACAAUACAAUAAAA